GGGCACACUCAUAUUGCUGAAAACAACUAUGAACCUGCUGUUUUUCUUUUUCUUUCUGGGAGCUUGUUUCUUGGGGCUAACGAAUGCUAGUACCCUCUCGCCAGAAGAAUCGCGUCGCUUCAUGGAAUGUUUCAACAAGUGCAAAGCUGACAAAUGGACAUGCCAAAAGAAGUGUACUUGCGAGGUAUUUGGGAGUCCAUGCUGAGUGAAACGAGCACUUUUCCUCAUUGCCUGUUUCUUCUUGUGAUAAGAUGAAAUAAAGCAUUGUGCAGCGUGUU